AUGUCAGAUCGAUCGGGCUCUGGAAAUAGAGGGCCUUCAUGGAGAAGAGAAAGGCAUCGUGAGUCUAGACGAGAUUAUUAUGAUUAUGAUGACUAUGAAGAACAUCGUAAAUAUGAUUAUUUACCUAGACGUAAUUCUGAUUAUAAUUCAGUACCUAGACAUUCACAUUUACCAUCAGAUAUGGAAAAAUCACCUUCAAAUGCAUUUAAAUCAUUUAAAAAAUAUCUUGAUAAAAUUAUAUUUAAAGAGUUGAAAGAGUCAGAAUUAACAAUUGCUGAUAAACCUCUUAGAUUACUUGAAAAACAUAUAUACAACGAUAUUUUAGAUGCAUUUACACAGAUAUGUCAAUAUUCCCGUCACAGACAAGAUGUCAAUAUCGAUAAAUCUAAGACGUUAGUUUCUUAUAACCCGAAAGUACCCCUAUAUCAAUUACAAUUUGAACACAAUAUGAAAGCAUCUGUAUAUCCAAAUCUUUUUGAAUGGUCAGACUUAAUACAGAUGCACAACAUUCAUAGUGUUCAGAAAUUACUUGAAGUCCAACUUGAUAGAGAUCAGCUUACUCAAAUAAAAAUUGAUUCAAUCCAAAAUGUUCUUCAACAUUUCUCUUCUAUUCCUGCUGGAUACAUUGUUAAUCAUAGUGAUAUAAAUAUGCUUAACAAAGAACUAGAGAAAGCAAAAAGAACAAAAAGCGAAAGUCAAACAUCAAGCUCCACAACCUCUGCGAGAUCAAGUCAGUUAUCUAAUCAAAGGCAACUCAAAAAUUCUGAUAGGAGCCAGACAAUUUGUAUUACUCCACAAGAUAUUUUUACAUUUCUUCAAUUAUCUCCAAGAUUUAAGUUCCUUUAUCAACAGAUGAUGUACAAUUAUCAGGUGAAUCAAUAG